CUACCAAAAAAUUAAUACAUGUGGAAAAGUUAGUUUCGUUUGUUCAAUUCAAGGACCAGUGCCCAAGCUUUGGAACUACUUUUCGUUCGUUCCGUUUGCAAGGUCGGUUUUGUCUUGACACUCAUCAACAUCACAAACUCUCAGAAUGCAGUGUGUCGCGAGAAAAUCCCUGAUGGCGUCUCGCCACCUACGUUGUGCUAGUGUGUGGGCAAACGUGCCCCUUGGUCCUCCUGAUGCUAUCCUGGGUGUGACAGAGGCAUUCAAGCGUGACACCAACCCCAACAAGAUGAACCUCGGCGUGGGGGCGUAUCGUGAUGACUCUGGAAAGCCGUAUGUCCUGCCAUCUGUUAGAAAGGCUGAGCAGUUGUUGCUUGCGCGCAACCUGGACAAGGAGUAUCUGCCAAUUUCAGGUCUGGCCUCGUUCACCGGUGCGUCGGCCCGUCUGGCGUUUGGUGGAGACAGCUCGGUCAUCAAGGAUGGUUUGAACUCGACCGUUCAGACUAUUUCUGGCACCGGUGCAUUGAGCAUUGGAGCUCACUUCCUGAAGCGAUUCUUCCCACACUCGAAGAAGGUUUUCUUCCCGACGCCGACCUGGGGCAAUCACGGUCCCAUUUUCAAGACAGCAGGGCUGGAAGUUGGAAGCUAUCGCUAUUACGACGCUGGUACUUGCGGCUUUGACUUUGCAGGUGCUUGCCAAGACUUGGAGGCUCUGGAUGAGCACACAGUGGUUGUACUCCAUGCCUGUGCACACAACCCCACUGGCGUGGACCCCACACCGGAACAGUGGAAGCAGCUUGCUGAGAUUGUCAAGAAGAAGAAUCUCUUCCCAUUCUUCGACAUGGCCUACCAAGGUUUUGCCAGUGGUGAUGCCACCAGAGAUGCGUUUGCCGUGCGUUACUUCACCGAGAACAACAUUCCCCUCAUCCUUGCACAGUCGUAUGCCAAGAACAUGGGUCUCUAUGGUGAGAGAGCCGGCGCGUUCACCGUCAUUUCAGCCAAUCCCGAAGAGCAGAAGGCGGUGGAGUCACAGUUGAAGAUCAUUAUCCGUGCUCUGUACUCCAACCCGCCUCGCAACGGUGUGCUCAUUGCCUCUGAGCUCCUCAACAACGAGGAAUUGAGACAGCAGUGGCUGGCAGAGCUGAAGGGCAUGGCUGACCGCAUCAUCACAAUGAGAACAGGUCUACGUGAUGGUCUGACUAAGCUAGGUUCAGCGCGUGACUGGAGUCACAUCACCAAUCAAAUCGGAAUGUUCUGCUUCACUGGGCUCGAUGCUGGCCAGGUGGAGCGCCUGAUCAAGGAGCACUCUGUGUACCUGACCAAGGAUGGCCGCAUCUCUAUUGCCGGCGUGUCCUCAACCAAUGUGGAGUAUCUUGCACAUGCUAUGCAUGAGGUGUCCAAGUAAUAAUCCAACGAAUUACUCCGGCGGUCACCCAACGUCUUGCUUAGUAGGAGAGAAAGAAAUCUUGACAUGGCUGGCCUUCCGGUCACCCGGUGUGAGUUAGGCAAGCGUGUUGCAAUCAUAAAGUAUUUGUUCUUUUUCCUCCCUCGACCAGUUAAAAAUUAUUAGCCCUUCAUGAAAAAAAUUGAUAUUGCUAGUCUCUGUUUCCACAUUUGCUAAUUCCAAGCGGGAAGCAGUCUAUUUUCCCAGAUUAUUUCCGCCAUUUUAUUAUGUCAUGAAAAAGCAUUUUCCAUAUUUGGAUCACAACACGUAGGACGACAACAACUCGUUGGUAUCUUUUUUAGACGUAUCCUUUCAGCAGACCUGCUUUCCUGUACCGAGUGCUUUCCUGUACCGGGUGCCUCUGCACCGAGUGCUUUCAUGCAUCGGGUGCCUCUGCAUCUCAUUGCUUUCCUGCUCCGAGAGCCUCUGCAUCUCAUUGCUUUCCUGCUCCGAGAGCCUCUGCAUCUCAUUGCUUUCCUGCUCCGAGAGGUUCUGCAACUUAUCUUGCGUGCCGCCUUCUUUUAUUAUCGCUGCACUGUUGCUGAUUUCUCUGCUACCCUUAGGCCUCCCAGCUUUGCCACCGUCACCACUGCUGCUGCUGUUGCGACUUAGCAUGUGUGUGCGUGUGCAUAUGUUUUUUUUUUAUAUUCAUAGUGCUACACAGCUAGGAUACUAUGGAGUUGAAACUCA